AUGUUCAGAUGGAUCCUAAAAUGCAAUGUUCAAGUCAAAUAUUUCGCCUUUAUUGAUUCUUUUCUGCCACUAGAUGCCACACCAAGCAGUUUCCUUGAGAAAAGAAAGAUAAUGGCUAUUGGAUUACCUGGUAAUCUUGCUAGGCAAAUUCUCCGACGAUCAGGUUCUGGCUCAAACAAAUCAAGAUCUACACUUCAAGAUGUUCCAAAAGGUUUCCUCGCGGAAUAUGUUGGGAAGGCCCAGAAGAGACGGUUUCUAGUUCCUGUUUCCUACUUAAGCCAGCCUUCGUUUGAGGAUAUGCUGAGCAUGGCUGAAACACCUAAGAUCUAA